UUCCGGACACACCUGAUUAUGGACCCGGAGUCGAAUACUUUUGUCCAGUGGAAAAAACACGGGCAUCCCUUUGUCACCAUGAAACUCUACUCAGCGAAAGACAACAAUUACGUCACCCGUGCCAUCGACCACGUGGCCGGUGGUGAAGACACCGCCGUCGUCGUCACCCUGGGCCAGCAUUUCCGACCUUUCCCCAUGCACAUCUUUGUGCGGCGGUUGCUGAAUGUCCGGGAAGCCAUCCGGCGCUUACACCUGAGGAGCCCGAGCACGAGAGUCAUCAUCAGAGGAGAGAAUAUCCGG